GGCGGCGGGCGGCGGCGGCGGCGGCCGCCUCAACUUCCCCCAGAGUUUCCACAGGGAUCCCGAGGGGGGUGAGGGGAGCCGACGACCACAGGGAGCCCCUUCUUCCCGCCCUUCCCUUUCCUUUCUUCCCCUCCCCUCGGACGGCAUGUCCGGGAGCGGCCCCCCUGGCCCGGCCGGUCCUUCCCUCCGCGGCCCGGCCCCGCCGCCCCGACCAUGAGGAGGGACGAGAGGGAGCCCCGGGCGGCGGGCUCCCCGCCGGACGGCCUGAGGAACGGCUACGUGAAGAGCUGCGCCAGCCCCCUGCGGCAGGAUCCCCCGCGCGGCUUCUUCUUCCACCUCUGCCGCUUCUGCAACGUGGAGCUGCUGCUGCCGCCGCCCCAGGACUCCCCGACCUCCCCGACCCUGCAGCGCCAGCAGUUGCAGCAGCAGUUGCAACAGCAGCAGCAGCAGUUGCAACAGCAGCAGCCGCCGCCGCCGCCGCCGCCGCCUUUGCAGUUGCAGCGGCGAGGCUCCCGCUUGUCCCGGGCGCGCCUGUGGCUGGGCGCCCCGGUGGCCUGGCUGGUCCUGUCCGUGCCGCUGCUGUGCUGGACGGAGGGCGGCGCGGGGGGGAGCGUGCUGGCCCGCCUCUCGCCCUGCCUCAGCCCCCUGUUGAGCAUCGCCUGUGCCUUCUUCUUCCUCACCUGCUUCGUCGGCCGGGACAAGGCGGGGGCCGGCAACGGCAACGGCAACGGCGGCUUCUGGUGGCUGCUGGCCCUGCCCGCCUGCUGUUACCUGGGGGAUGUCCUGGCGCUGCAGCCGGGCUGGUGGCUGCCCUGGGGGUCCGGCGACGAGCCCCCCUCCGCCCCCCAGCCGCAGAUGGCCGGGCCGGGCCGGCUGGUCCUGGCGCUGAGCUGCGUGAGCCUGCUGAGCCUGCUGCACCCCGCCCGGCUGCAGCCCGGCAUCCUGGCCGUCCUCUUCUCCAGCCUGGUGUGGUGGGUGUCCCGCCCCGGCCUGGGCUCGCUGCCCUCCGCCCUGCGGCCCCUGCUGUCCUGCCUGGUCGGAGGGGCCGGCUGCCUCCUGGCCCUGGGGGUCGACCGCCUGCUGCCCCGCAGGGGAGCCCCUCGCCCCCCGCCCCGGCUGCCCGGCGGCGGCGGCGGCGGCGGCGGCGGCGGCGGGGAAGACAAAGUGCCCGUCAUCCGACCCAGGAGAAGGUCCAGCUGCGUGUCCUUAGGAGAGACCUCCACCAGCUACUACGGCAGUUGCAAGAUGUUCAGGAGACCCUCGCUGCCCUGCAUUUCCCGAGAACAGAUGAUUCUUUGGGACUGGGACUUGAAGCAGUGGUAUAAACCCCAAUAUCAGAAUGCUGGCGGUGGAAAUGGAGUUGACCUUUCAGUGCUAAAUGAAGCUCGCAAUAUGGUGUCAGACCUCCUGCAUGAUCCAGCCCUCUCCCCCCAAGUGAUCUCUUCCCUUCGAAGCAUCAAUAGCUUGCUGGGUGCUUUCUCAGGCUCGUGCAGGCCAAAGGUUAAUCCAUUCACACCAUUUCCCGGCUUUUACCCCUGCCCCGAAACGGAGGACCCAACCGAAAAAGGAGAUCGAAAACUUCACAAGGGACUAAAUAGUAGAAGUAGUUUACCGACAUCACAGCUGAGGAGAAGUUCAGGAUCCUCAGUCCUACCACCACUUGAACAGACAUCUUCAAAAUGGGAUCGCAAUAAUGGCAAAAGAGCUCAUCAAGAACAUGGUAUUUCCAGCCCAGGGCCCCAUCUUAACGGGCCUUUCUGUUCAAACCUCCUGACAAUUCCAAAACAAAGGUCAUCCUCAGUGUCACUGACCCAUCACCUUGGUCCCCGACGAGCUGGUACUUCACCUAACUUGAGUCCUGUGAGCUCGCCUAGCCAUUGUCCAUUGUCCGGUGGUUCUCUAGUUAACCGGUCACCAGUAGAAUUUCCUGAUACUGCUGAUUUCCUGACUAAGCCAAGUGUUAAUUAUCAUAAAUCUCUGGGAUAUGCACUUAGUAGUGCAGAUUUUCAACUGCAGUUUAGAGCAUCUGGUAGCCAUCUGUGUAACAGCUGUGGACGUCAAAUACUCAAGUAUAUCCCAUCCCCUGAAACAGAAACUGGCGCAGAAUGCCAGGGCGGACAAUCAGGUGAAGAAGGAAACCCUAGUCUUUCAAAAGAAUCAGUCCAUCUUACCGGACUUACCGGCCCCCUGCAAGAAAAAGGAACAGAGACGAGAGACUGCAGAAAAUUUCCCCUCCAAAGUGACAGUCAACUAACGGAAGAAGCACAGAAUAAUCCGCAGCCAAAUACUGAACAGGAGUCAGAACUAAUGUUAAUGGAAGAUCAUGAAUCGUUAAUGGAGAAGAUGAGCAACUGGAACUUUCAAAUUUUUGAACUCAUGGAAAAAAUGGGAGGCAAAUCAGGAAGGAUCCUCAGCCAGGUAAUGUACACCCUAUUUCAAGACACUGGUUUGUUGGAAAUAUUCAAAAUUCCCACUCAACAAUUCAUGAAUUACUUUCGUGCAUUAGAAAAUGGCUACCGAGACAUUCCUUAUCACAAUCGAAUUCACGCUACAGAUGUCCUUCAUGCAGUUUGGUACCUGACCACUCGGCCGAUACCUGGAUUUCAGCAGACCCACAGCGAUCAUGUGACAGAAAGUGACACAGAUUCUGAUAGUGGAAUUACCCCUGGUCGGGUUGCUUAUAUUUCCUCAAAGAGUUGUCCUAUAUUGGAUGACAAUUAUGGCUGCCUAGCAUCAAACAUUCCUGCCUUGGAGUUGAUGGCCCUCUACGUAGCAGCUGCCAUGCAUGAUUAUGACCAUCCAGGGCGGACAAAUGCAUUUCUUGUGGCUACCAAUGCACCUCAGGCCGUUCUUUACAACGAUCGCUCCGUCCUGGAAAAUCACCAUGCUGCAUCAGCGUGGAAUCUCUUCCUCUCUCGCCCAGAAUACAACUUCUUAUCUAACUUGGAGCACGUGGAAUUCAAACGUUUUCGUUUCCUAGUCAUUGAAGCAAUCCUCGCGACAGACCUCAAAAAGCAUUUCGAUUUCCUGGCGGAAUUCAACGCUAAGGCGAAUGACGUCAAUAGUUCCGGUAUAGAAUGGAGUAAUGAGAACGACCGCCUCUUAGUCUGCCAGGUGUGCAUUAAAUUAGCCGAUAUCAACGGUCCAGCCAAAGUUCGAGAUCUGCAUCUGAAAUGGACCGAAGGCAUUGUCAACGAAUUUUACGAGCAGGGGGAUGAAGAAGCAAAUCUUGGUUUGCCCAUCAGUCCCUUCAUGGAUCGUUCUUCUCCUCAACUGGCAAAACUCCAGGAGUCUUUUAUUACUCACAUAGUGGGUCCCCUGUGCAAUUCUUAUGAUGCCGCUGGAUUGCUUCCUGGCCAGUGGGUGGAUGAAGAAGAUGAUGACACUGAAAGUGGUGAUGAUGAAGAGGAGGAGGAGGAGGAGGAGGAAGAAGAGGAGGGUGAAGAGUUGGAUACAGAAGAUGAAGAAAUGGAAGACAAUCUAAAUCCAAAGCUAAAAAGAAGAAAAGGUAGGCGGCGAAUAUUUUGCCAGCUAAUGCACCACCUGACGGAAAACCAUAAGUUCUGGAAGAAGGUGAUCGAGGAGGAAGAAAAGUGUAAAGCCGAUGGGAAUAAACUGCAGGUGGAGACUUCGUCCUUAUCUCAAGCCGACGAGAUUCAGGUGAUCGAGGAAGCGGAUGAAGAGGAGGAACGACUGUUUGAAGAGUAAAAGCACCGCGGAGGCUCCAGCGGAGCCCGUGCCAUUGCCGGGAACCCCGGACCCGGCUCUCACUGUGCAGACUCUAGACUGACACACGUCACGUAACGUCGAAAGGCCUUAAUACUGUGAGCGGAUUCUUGCAGCCCAGCAGUCUCCCACUCCUAUGCACUUUCACCACAUGGAAUAUAAAACUCGAUUUGAAGAUCGAAUAGCGUCUACCAAGGCGCGCAAUCCUUAAAUGCCUUCGUGGGUGUACGGAUCCUUAAUCCUAAUGCUGCCUUGCUUGAAUACAGAGCUCUUAUUUUCCAUGAGGUACCUACAACUUUAAAAAAAAAAAAGUGACUUCAGUUACCAAAGUGGCCAGAACUUUUUUUUUUCUUCUGUGGGCCUGUGUGUAGAAACGAAUGCAGAUCUUCGUGGCCCUGCUAGCCCUGGGGGUUGCCGCUCAGGGCAAGGGUCUUCCUUGCGGCUUGGCAGGGCGGUGGCCGUGCGGGGAGAAUUACGUUUUGGACUUUGAUGAUGAAAAGAAUCCAGGUGCAUCGAUUUGCGAUGCUUUUUACUGUUGUGUAGAUUCUGCUAUGUAUUUUAUUUUGCUGAAGAUAUUCAGGUUUGCAGUGUGCAUCCAAGUACUUUGUUUUCAAGCCACAUCAUCCCUUAUCGACUUGAUGUUCUGUGGUAGAAUUUCAAAACUGUUCAGUUCUAACAGUGAAGGGAUUUUAUUUUUUAGUUUAUACUGCUAGGUUUUGUUGUUUUUUUCACUAUGACUCAGGUUUCAUGUUUUUAAAACGUGUAGGAACUUUCCACACAGAUUUUACAUAAGCUAAAAUCGUGUCCCAAUGUUGAUUUGCAUCACUGAUAAAGAGAAUAUCAUUUCCACUUCGUUUAUAACUUCUGAGACAAAAGUACCCCAAAUUGAAGCCGUGAUCUUCCCUUAUUUCCUCACAUAUUCCAAUUUUGCAAAACAUAAACCACUCCUGCUGAAGGUAUGGAAUAGAAAUGCUAAAGGCUAUUUUUUUAAAAAGCAUGUAUACGUUGAAUAAAGAACAUGGUUUUGUGUCGAACUGAAACACAGUCAUCUCCAGACUAUUUCCUACGUGACAGUGCCAUGGAGAAUUGUGUAUAUUUUUAGUUUCCGUAAUAAACACACAUUUUAAUAUUUCCUGCCAUUCCCCCAUUUACAUUUGGGCUAGUGCACAUGAAGUGUAUAAAAUGACUACUGUUUUCUCCUAGUACCCAACAGCUGUGUAGUUUCAGUACCUCAGAGUAGUGGAAAGCCCUGUUUUUUUUAGACAAUCUGAAUAUUUCUCGGAACCAUUUCUCAUACAGAAAUUCUCACUUGAACGACUGCCCUUGUAAAAGAUCAUCGAUAAGAAAAAAACACGUACAACUCGGACGUAGAGUUGGCAAAGAGAUUACAAAUACGAAAUUUUCUUAUAUGGAAGGUGUACCGUGUUAGUUUCCAAACAGCGCAAUGUCUAAUGCGGCACAAGUGUUUAACUUCUGCACAGGAAAAUGCCAAUAUGACCUGAAAAUGACUCUCAGCUAAUAGGUGUUUCGUUAUUCUCGCAGACUGUAUCAGAAUGUAUCUGCUUAUAUAUGUGCAGAUUAGGUCAAGAAGCCAUCAUUUUCUCAAAGAUAGACUUGUAAUUGUGAUCGGACGGGGACUUGGGCUGACCCAAUCACAGACUGCAGUUGGGGAACGGGGACGGGGGUGGUUCUGAUCUGGGGGUUGGAGGAAGAGCCCGGAGCGUCUGGGGUCUGACCAUAGUCUUUCUGUGGCGGUCUGGAAAAUCACUAAAACAUUUCCUUGUUAUUUAUUCCACAGUCAGUGCCAAAAUCCCUUCUGCCAAUAUCAUUGCUUCUCCCACGUCAUUUGUAACGUCUAGGUAGUAUUCCCACCAAAUAUGCCUAUGAGUAAUAAAAUUUAGAACUUUGAAACUGA